UCAAUGCAUAAUCAUCUGUUUCCUAAUAUAAUUUAAAAUCAAAGAAAAAUUAGGAUGCACAUUCUAAGUCAGAACUACAACAACCAAAAGUACAAAGUGUGGAAUUGAUUGUCAAAAAGUAUUUUGAUUUUUUCAAGUGUAGAGAAUUAUUUUAAUCGGAUCAAUAGGAUAGGGAUUAAUAUUAUUAGGGAUAAUAUUUAAAAGAAUAAGAGAAGCCUUAUGUUUUGUUUAGUAAAAUAAAAAUGGCUCAUUUACAAUAUAUGCCCGGUGACCCUCGUUUAGUCGAUCAAUUAGUGUAUGAAUUAAAAUCUAAAGGAAUUUUUGAUCAGUUUCGUAAGGACUGCAUCGCAGAUGUAGACACCAGGCCUGCGUACCAGAACUUGCGGCAAAGAGUUGAGAACUCUGUUUCUACGUUCCUGUCAAGGCAGGCCUGGCAGCCAGAUCUUAAUAAGAACCAAUUGAGAGAAAAACUCAGGAAGCAUAUACUGGAUGGCAAUUACUUAGAACAAGGUGUGGAAAGAAUAGUGGAUCAAGUAGUCAAUCCGAAAGUAGCAUCUGUUUUCAUUCCAAAAGUUGAAGAUUUGGUUUACAAUUAUUUAGGGAUUGCAAGAAAAAAAUCCGUUACUGCUGAAACUUCUAAUGGCAAGGUCGAUGACCUACUGCCCACUGACCUGGAAGCAGUUAGCCCGGGUUCCGUUAAAAGUAAUGAUGAUAAAAAUGAAACAAUGGAACUGGAUGAUAUACCUAGCGAAAGUAAAAUGGACGUAGAUGAAGAAAAGUUAACAACCGACAGCAAAGAAAACAACGUUGCUCCUGAGACAGUUCAAGAUGAAAAAGCAGAGAAUAUCCAGCUACCAAGCAACGAGCCGAAUACAGACAUAGAUAAGAGUAAUAUACCUUUGCCUUCAGAGGAAAUUAAGCCCGAAAAUAUACCACCGCCCGAAAACAGCCCGCUCAAAGUUGAAUUGGAGAAAAUAGAACUGCCUAAAGAACCAAUAUUAUCCACGGACAUUCCGUUACCAGAUGAUAUAAGUAAAGACGAAAAAGAACAAUACUUCAAACCAAUAAAUAGUGAUGAUGACGAUUCGAGCUCUGAUUCUUCACUCCGUAGGAAUAUGUCGCCUUUGACACCUAUAAGGAACUUUAAUAACGAAAACUCAUGUGAUGCUCAACAAGCAUUCGAAAACGAUUUAAGUGAAAACAAAGAAGAUGAUAAAAAAGAACCCAAUUCGUUUAAAUUUACAAUAGAUGCCAAGUCUCCUGAAAACAUUUGCGAUGAUGUCAAACCUGAAAAGAAAGAUACCGAAACAAAUUUGGCCUAUCAGUUUAAUAACCAAGUAAACAUAAACCAUUUCAAUACACCUCUAUAUGAAGAUAGUUCAAAUAGUAACAUUCUACACAUCGAUUACGAAAGUGAUGCCAACAGCAAAAUUAAUCAAGAAAAUAAAGCAGUAGAAAACGAACAGAAUUCAGAGGAUUCUAAAAAGGAUCGAAAAUCAGAUGAAAAGAAGAGUAGCCACAAAAGUUCUCACCGUUCGAGAGAUUAUUAUAAACAUUCGAGUAGCAGAGAUAAAAAGUCGGACUCUAAACAUUCAAGUUCUCGAGACAGUAGCAAACAUGACAAAAGUAAAUCAACGAAAGAAGAAAGUAAGUCUAAAUCCAGUGAUAAAGAGCGAUCUCGCGAUAGAAGCGAUAAAAAAGAUAGUAGAGAAUCGUCGAGGCAUAGAAGCUCCCACAAAUCAAGUCAUAAAGAUUCAAAAUCUCAUCGAAGCUCCAGUUCAAGCCAUAGACAUUCUAGCAAGCAUUCCGAUGAAAAGAAGACGUCCUCGUCGUCAUCAUCAAAUCAAAAAGAUAAAGAUAAAAGUUCCUUCAAAAAUUCUAUGGACAAACCUAAAGAGUCAAAAUCAAGUUCACAUCGAUCUGACAAAGACAGAAAAAGUAGUAGCGGUAGCAGCAAAAGCGACAAAAGUAGUAGCAAAAAUAAAAAUGACGACAAGGACAAAAAUAAAAAGAGCAAAAAGGAUACGGAUGAUCAUUACAGUCUAUCUGGUAGAGGUAAUCCAAACCGACGUUCAACAGACAGGGAUUCUAAUGAUGGUAGUUCUUCCUCGAAAGGUUCGAGCCAUCCCUCGGGUUCAAAAACAACAGAAGCUAAAAAGGAAAGCAAAAGUAGUUCGAAAUCUGAGAGUACUUCUACUACAAGUGGAGAAUCAACAAGUCCCAGUGACAAGGAGAAUAUUGUUUACGAGCAUGGAACGAAAAUUAAAGAAUCUCUUCAACAGAAACCGGUCGUUAGGAUAGAUAGCCAUUUAGAGCAGCCCGUUGUAUCGCCACCGAGGUUACCAUUUGUUCCCGAUGUAACUAUUAAAAAACCUAAGUUUGCAGCUAAUUUAGAGGAAGCUAAACGGUUAAUGAAAAUGCGAAAAUUUUUAGACGAAGAACAAAAGCGGAUGAAUCAAGAAGCUGCACUGCUUUUAGAAUUCCAAGCUAAUGUGAGGCCGAGCUUAAGCCAAGUUUAUUCAAGUAUUCCUGGACCGGAGUUAGAAUUUGCUUGUGUUACGAACACGGCACAUAAGCAAGAAUUACUUGUACAGAGUAAUGAAAAUAUUAACAAUGUGUCGAUGCAUGAAAAUGUUCCAGCAUCGCACUACACGAGUAAGCAACUAUUAAACGUUUUAAACGAUGCCAGUGUUGAAGUUGAAAAAAAUGCUUUUAUUAACGUGAAACACAAUGCAGCAAACGUGGAUGAAGAUAAUGUACAAUUGGUGUUAUCAGAAAACAUUGAUAAAAUAAAUGAUAGUAACGCAAUGAACACUGAUGUAGGAAGUAACAGCUUAAACGCGAGCACUAAAGCUGAGUCUCAAUCUUCGGCUACUGAAAAAAAUUUAACAUCUAAGAAAGAUAAACGUGAGCUGCGACUUGAUAAGCAUCGAGGUGAACUUUUCGAAAUUACUGUUAUAGCUGAAGAACUGUCGGAACCCGAGGAAAUCGAGGAAACGAAUAAAAAAGGAGCUGAAACAUUAGAAUACAAAAAAAUAAGUAUGGGAAAUACAAAUAAUGAAAAAGAGGAGCCGAACAUUGACUAUGAAAAUAAGUUUCAUUAUUUCGCUGAACAUGAAAAAUACAACGCUGAAAUAGAAAGAGCUAGAUUCGAAAAGUUUUUGAAGGCUUACAAUAUUAAAUCUUCGAUCAGUAACAAAAUAUAUUUGAUCAAUUGCGACACCUAUGAGGAGAACAUACUUCGGGAAAUGUCGGAAAACUUUGGCGAAUACGAAAUAGUGAACUAUCAUAGGAACGGUCAUUUGAAAUUGUCGAAAACGAGAAAUGUUAUUAAAAAUGUGAAUAUAUCGAGCGAAAUAUCUCUACCCAUAGACGCUGAUUACGAGACAACUAACGAUUAUGAAAGUUUCAAGUCUCACGUAUUCAGUCCGGAUAAAUCGGAAUGUUCGUUUGAAUUAUCGAGCGAUUAUGACGCUAAAUUAGAAGAGAUGGUGAACAAAACGUCUCGACAAGAAAUACUGGAAAUCAUACUUGGCAACGUUGUCGACGCCUCGCCGAAUAAAAUGCCAAGAAUAGAUUAUUUAACAGAUUCAAACAUUGAUAGUGAAUGCGAAAAUAAUUUGAAACGUAAAAUGAGUGAUGUUGAAACAACAGUUAACAACAACAGACAGGUACUUACGCCUAAUAAAAUAAGAAAAUUGAGUUCGGAUCAAAUAUCGUCGACUACACAGGAGAACGAAGAAAUUUCUAACAAAAUCGUAAAUAAUACUCGUUCUAAAUAUCUGGGCAAAGCCAGAAGGGUUGGUCUUCCUCGGCUUAAAAGAUCUAUUUUGCCGAACAGUCCGUCAAGCGACAAAUCUGUUGAAAACUAUGAACAGAACUUGCAAACUACACCGCAGACACCGAAUGGAAAAAUAAAACGUAAUAAAGUCCAAAGAUACGACACUUCGGACCUUUAUAAGCCGAAAUUACAUUUUCUUUCACGAAGAAACCAUAUUACUUAAAGUGAAUGAAUAAAAUUAGCAUGUGUUUGAGUCACAUUUGAAAUAAACGUGAGUUAAAUGUUAUUUGAAAUUAGAAGAGUUAAUAUUUUGAAACUAGCGGUCUCACCAGCGUAAAAUGUAUGGUGUGACGUAAGUUUCAAUGUCGCCAUGUAGAAAAAAUUAAUAAGAUUUUUUUAAAUUCGCGUCGACUAUUUGGUGCGGAAAAAAUGUACCUUGUUUAAAAAAAGAACUCAAAACUUCGAAUCGAAACGUAAGUAUAUUUUAUAACAGUAUGUUCUAUUAUAUUAAUAAUGAAUUUUAAAAGUAGCAUAGUUUCAUCUCUAUAAUAGUUAAUUAAUAUGUAAAUAUAGCAAUGUUUGCUUCCUUAAAACCGGGAAUAUUAUUAUUAUAUAUUUAUGACAUAUUCUAAUUUAUCAUUUAUUUUAUUAUUCGUUGUUAAUGUUUGAAUGUAUCUUAUAAUUUAUUAAAUAGCACCGACAAUUAACUUUUUUUUUAUCUUUUUAAAAAUAUAAUAUAAAUUAAUAUAUUAUUAAAAGCCCUUUAUUCUACUAAAUACACUGCCAUGUCAUAAAUACAUUUAUAUCUAAUUAAUUAAUAUGAAUAUCUAGAAACAUUAAAUCAAGUGGCAUAUAGAUAUAAUAGUUCGAUGUUAAAACAAACAUUUCAAUAGACAAGCAAUCAAAAUUGAUAUUCAGAUAUUAAAAGGAAAGAAAAGAUUAUUUUGACUCCAACCGAUUUGUUUCCUGUUUUUAAGUAGGAUGAAUGAAGUAUUCCUUUUUUGUAUGAAUUAAAACACUCGAAGCGUUUGGCAUUUCCCAUGCGAAUAGGCAAUGACAAUUAUUGUACGUCCUUCUGACGUCUGUGCUUCCUAAGCAGUACAUGAUUGCCGAUUGGUACCGGUUGAAGGCAUGAGAAAUUGGCAGACUCCAUCAGUACUUACUAUUAGGCAUAAUUGUGGUCAAGUGGUACGCCAAUAAUAAAAAAAAAACUAAGCUCGAUAACGUUUGAAUGUAUUCCGUUUAAGCAAAUUGUACGAUUUUUUUUCCAUUUUUAAAUGUUAACGGAAUAAUUACUGUGAAAAUCUCGACGAAUUCCGUCCUUGAGUAAUAUCUUAUUUUUAAUUUACUUAAUCCUACAUAACAUCGAUUAAGCAUAAGUUAAGAUAACCGUAUAUUAUAUUAAGUAAAAUAAAUAAAAUUUGUCGUAAUAAAAUGACUUACCGCUUUGUAUUAUCGUCAAGGAAUUAAUAAAUAAAAAUAUAUAGCAUCUGUUAAAAUGUUUACCGAUUUAAAUAAAUAUUAUUGAAAUUCU